AUGUCGGUCAAGAUUGUUGAAAAAUCGCCUAAGGUCAGAGAUGAGUUGGUUAAGGUUAUUGAGAAUUCAGGCAUAACAAAGUCAGUCAAAACAUUAAAGAGGUCAACCAAGGUUGCUUAUGGACAACACCAUAUCCGAUGCAUUCCAAAAGAGAGGGAAGCACUUCUUCUAUUCAAGGCUGCCAUUGUUGAUGACUUCGGCAUGCUCUCCUCUUGGACCACUCCCGACUGUUGCCAAUGGGAGGGGAUUCGCUGCANNAACCUCACCGCUCAUAUUAUAAGCCUCCACCUUCCUGGACAGCAUAGUGAAUCUCUUUCUCUUGGCGGUUAUUAUGAAGUCUCUUGGCGUUACAUCAGCGGAGAGAUCCACAAGUCGUUAAUGGAAUUGCGACACUUACAGUAUUUGAAUCUCAGUUUCAAUGAUUUUCAAGACACUAAUAUUCCAGAGUUUCUUGGCUCUCUUACCAACUUGAGAUAUCUUGAUCUCUCUUCAUCUUAUUUUAGCGGACAAAUUCCAACUCAGAUAAGUUCUCUUUCUCAUUUGAAAUAUUUGAAUCUAUCAAGAAAUUACUAUUUGAAUGGUUCAAUCCAUCGUGAAAUUGGAAAUCUCUCUCGGUUAGAGUAUCUUGAUCUCAGUGGCAAUUCUUUUGGAGGAUACAUUCCUUCCCAACUAGGAAACCUUUCAAAUUUGCAUCAACUCUAUCUUGGAGGAUAUCGUAGUGCUCUCAAAAUUGUCACUAGUGAUCAAUGGUUAUAUAAUCUCAAUUCUUUAACCCAUCUUUCCUUCGAUUACACAUCUAAUUUUAAAAGUUCUCCUAGCUGGCUUCGAACCAUUGCCAAGCUACCAAAACUAAGAGAACUCAGUUUAAUUGGAUGUGGCCUUUCCGAUCAUUUCCUCCUUUCAUUCAACCCUUCCAACUUCAAUUUUUCUACUUCCCUUUCUGUCCUUAGACUUUCUAAAAACUCCUUCACGCAACCGAUGAUAUUCCAGUGGCUGUCAAACACCACUUCCAACCUUGUUGAGCUUGAUCUAAGUUGGAACCUCUUGAAGGGUAUUACGUCAAAUCAGUUUGGCUUGGCCAUGAAUUCGCUUGAGCACCUUUUCCUGUCUGGAAAUCUGUUCAAUGGUGAGGAUUUGAAAUCAUUCAUGAAUAUAUGCACCCUACGUUCAUUAUACAUGUAUGGAAACAAUAUGACUGAAGACCUUUCGUCAAUUCUUCAUAAUUUGUCUAGUGGUUGUGUUAGAUACUCAUUACAACAUUUGAUUUUGGCAUCCAAUCAAAUCAGAGGCUCCAUCUCUCACCUUUCAGCAUUUUCAAAUUUAAAAACGUUGGAUCUUUCUCUUAAUCAAUUGAGUGGGAAGAUACCUGAAGGCACUAACUCUUUAGAAGGUGGUGUUCCAACAUCAUUUGGGAGCACAUGUACUUUGAAGUUAUUGGAUUUGUCUUAUAAUAUGUUGAGUGAAGAUCUUACCGUCAUAUUUAAUCAUUUGUCUGGAUGUUCUAGAUACUCAUUACAAGAAUUGAAUUUGGCAAGCAAUCAAAUCAGAGGUUCCGUACCUGACCUUUCAGCAUUUUCAAAUUUAAAAGUGUUGGAUCUUUCUGACAAUCAAUUAAGUGGGAAGAUACCUGAAGGGACUAGUUUGCCAUCUCAUUUGGAGCAGUUGUUAAUUGGAUCUAACUCUUUAGAAGGUGGUGUUCCAAAAUCAUUUGGAAACACAUGUACAUUGGAGUUAUUGGAUUUAUCUUCCAACAAGUUGAGUGAAGAUCUCACAGUGAUAUUUAAUCAUUUGUCUGGAUGUUAUACAUACUCAUUGCAACAAUUAGAUCUGAGUAUGAAUCAAAUUAGUGGUACUUUGCCUAGCAACCUCGCCACAAUGUUCCCAUCAUUAAAAGGAUUGUACCUUGAUAGUAACAAGUUAAAUGGGACAAUUUCUGAAGAUCUUCGAUUUCCAGCAGAACUUGAGGUACUAUACUUGACGUCAAACUCUUUGAAAGGUGUGUUAACUGACUCUCAUUUUUAUAAUAUGACAAAGUUAACAACAUUGAUGUUGUCAGAUAACUCACUGACGUUAGAAUUUAGUCAAAAUUGGACUCCGCCUUUUCAAUUAUAUACUAUUGAAUUAAGGUCUUGCAAGCUUGGUCCAUUGUUUCCCAAAUGGCUAGAGAAACAAAACCAAUUUGACACCCUUGACAUUUCAAAUAGUGGAAUAUCAGGUACCGUUCCAAAAUGGUUUUGGACAAAAUAUGGAUUGUCAAAUCAGAAGCGUAUUGAUAUUUCAUAUAAUAAUUUACAAGGUACGAUUCCAAAUUUGCCAAUAGAGAAUUAUUAUGAUUCUCUUAGUCUUGCAUCAAAUCAAUUUGAAGGUCAUGUUCCACCAUUUUUACGAGGCUCAAUAUUUCUUGAUUUAUCAAACAAUAAAUUCACAAAUUCGUUUUCGAUUUUAUGCCCUAGUGGUGUAGUUGAAACUUUAUACCAAUUAGACCUUUCAAAUAACAAAUUUUCUGGACAAAUUCCAGACUGUUGGACCCAAUUUAAGUCAUUGACUUACUUAAAUAUGAGUCAGAACAAGUUUUCAGGAGAGAUUCCUUCUUCAAUGGGAUCACUCGUUGAACUUCAAGUUUUGUUAUUGAGAAACAAUAACUUAACAGGUGAAAUCCCUUCCAUCUUGAAGAAUUGCACACAAUUGGUGAUGAUAGACAUAGCAGAAAAUAGAUUAUCAGGAUCUAUCCCAAAUUGGAUCGGGAACGAAUUAUCGCAGUUGCAAUUUUUAAGCUUAAGAAGCAACUAUUUUCGUGGGAGUUUACCGUUACAAAUUUGUUAUCUAAAAAGCAUUCAACUCUUAGAUCUCUCGCAAAACAACCUAUCUGGAGAAAUUCCUACAUGUAUAAAAAACUUUUCCUCAAUGGCUCAAAUGACUUCUUUGAGAGAUUAUCAACGUCAUUCUUAUUCCUUCAGCACUAAUUUUACCUCAGGUCGCAGUUCAUAUGAUUUGAAUGCAAUCUUGAUGUGGAAAGGUUCAGAACAAAUGUUCACAGACAUGGGAUUAUCACUUUUAAAUAGCAUUGAUCUCUCCAGCAAUCAAUUAUCAGGAGAAAUUCCAAAAGAAAUAGAGGGUUUAUUUGGAUUGGUGUCAUUGAAUUUAUCAAGAAACCAAUUGACAGGAAAAAUUCCUUCAAAUGUUGGAAAGUUAAGAUCACUUGAAUUUCUUGAUUUGUCACAAAACCAACUUGUUGGUUUUAUUCCUUCAAGUCUUACUCAAAUCGAUCGACUCACCAUGUUAGAUUUGUCACAUAAUUAUUUAUCUGGAAAAAUUCCAACUGGCACACAAUUACAGAGUUUCGAUGCAUCAAAAUAUGAAGAUAAUGUUGAUCUCUGUGGACCACCAUUAAAGAAAUUGUGCAUUGAUGGAGUGGCAAGACAAGGACCAAUNNUUAAAUUUCAAGAGGAUGACAAUUUGAUUUUCAAUCGUGAAUAUUAUAUAAGUAUGACAAUUGGAUUUGUUAUAAGCUUUUGGGGAGUGUUUGGCUCAAUCUUAAUAAUACCUUCUUGGCGUCAUGCAUAUUUUGAAUUCUUAAUUAAUUUAUCAGAUUGUCUUUAUGUCAUGACGGUAGUGAAAAUUUUGAAGAGAUUGCACACAACAUAG